UUUCCCAUCACUAUCGGACAUCACUAAUUAUAGAUGUUUUUUUUCGCAUAGUAUAGAUGUUAUUAUAGAUUAAAGAUAUUUCAAUCGUUGUUUUUUUUCCAGAUUCAAAAGAGCUGUUUGCGAAAGUUUUCAAAAAUAUCUUUUCGGGUUUAAAAAUGCUUGUAUUUCUAUUUCAACUACUGUUAAUCAUGUAUGUUAGUUGUGGUCCUGAAGAAGACGAAGGUGUAAGAUAUGCGAGUAGAUGUGAAGCAUGCAAGAUUCUAGCUACAGAAUUAGAAGCGCGUCUUACUGAAACCGGACGAUCCCACGACGUAUUAGAGCUCGGGUAUUCUAUGGAUGAUGUAAAACCAAAAAAACGUACUGAUUAUCGUAGAAGUGAACUGCGUUUGCUGGAAUCUAUGGAAAAUGUAUGCGACCGUAUUUUGGAGUAUAACAUUCACAAAGAACGACAGGAUAGUACAAGAUUUGCAAAAGGCAUGUCUCAAACGUUUCAAACAUUACAUGGAUUGGUAGAUAAAGGAGUAAAGGUUGAUCUUGGUAUUCCUUUCGAGCUAUGGGAUAAGCCGUCAGCAGAAAUUACUCAAAUGAAAACUCAAUGUGAAACAAUGCUUGAAAACUUCGAAACCGUCAUUGAGCAAUGGUAUUUCGACAAACAGGGAGAGAUUUCGUUAGUAAAAUUUUUAUGUGAAAAUGAAGUAUUGAAAGGCAGGAAUAGUGAAUGUUUAUAUGAAACUUUGGCACACCCAGAAUUAGAUGUGAAAGUAAAGGAUAGUAAAAAAAAAAACGAAGAACUAUAAAAGAUUUACAAAACGACCAAAACUGUUUAGCCACCAUUUUACAUAAAACAGCCAAACAUGGAUUAUAUAUAUUAUGGCGGCAAUGAUUUCUAUGAAAUAAAAAAUUGACUUCCGAA